AUGCCGAAAAAAAGAACAGCGCUCAAGAUUCCGGUGGCCGUGGAGCCCGAGAUCUGCCCUGAGGCAGUGCGGGGGUGGACGGAUGGCCUCGCCAAGUAUAAGAAGAAAUCUAAGAUGGCGCGUGAGGCGGCCAGAAAACACUUGUCGGCCAUGGGCUGGAAAUUUUGGCGUGCACGGCAGAAGGGAGGUAACCCUGGCGAUUUAAGGUACGAAUCUCCGGCCGGAAAGAAUUAUUACUUGCUUAAAACGGCCUGCCAAGCCUGCGUGGACCCAGACCUCACCGGUGUCGAAAGCACCGGUUCAAAUAGUAGUUCUGAUCCUAAUUCUCCUAUGGAAGAGAAGCAAGAAACAAUGCCAAGAAAGAGAGGCAGGCCAAAAAAGAGCGGAAUAAAGAUGAAAGUUGGUGUGGUAUUGCCAAAGAAGAGAGGAAGGAAGAGGAAAAUUGAUGUAGUUACGCCGGAGGAGGUAUAUCAGAGCACUGAGAUUGGCCCUGAGCCGGGAACGCCGGAGGAAGAACCUCAGAUUAUUGAUUCAUUGGCUUCUGAUCCUGAUUAUAUCAUGGAAGAAGAAGAUUGUAAGGAGUCAAUGUGUUAUACUGAUUCUUCGCCCCAGAAGACGAAAAAGAGAGGAAGAAAGAGGAAGAUAGAUUUGGUAGCGCAGAAACCAGGGAAGGUUCUUGCACAGUUGAAGAGGCUUAGACUUGAUGAAGAACAUCCGAAGUUACAGAUUCGGAGUCCGAGAACAAUUCUUUCUUCUUUGAUAGACAACAAUUUUGUAAUGCUACAUGCGAAAGUGUACUACCGGGGGAGAAGAAGCGGUGACAGUCCGCUGGCGACGGGUCAAGUUACUCGUGAAGGGAUUUUGUGUGAUUGUUGUGCUAAGGUGUAUGCUCUCACUGCUUUUGAAGCACAUGCUGGUAGCACGAAUCACAGGCCGGGUGCCAAUAUCAUCCUCGAAGAAGAUGGGAGGUCAAUUUCGGAUUGCCAGCAACAGUUGAAGAGUUUUAAGGAUGAGAAGAAGGUGAUUAAGAGUAGUAGUAAGUUUGACAAGAUUGAUGAUUUAUGCAGUUUGUGUCAUAAUGAAGGUGAGCUGAUCCUGUGUGAUAGAUGUCCUUCUGCAUUCCAUACUAGUUGUUUGGGUUUGAGUGAAGUAACAGAUGGCGAAUGGUUCUGCCCGGCGUGUUCUUGUGGAAUCUGUGGCAGUGGAAAACUUGAAGAAGGUAGUAUUCCUGGUGAGAUUAGGAAAUGUGAUCAGUGUGAGCAUAAGUUCCAUGUUGGGUGCUUGAGAAACAAUGAAGUGGUUUGUGAACAGAAUUGGUUUUGCAGUAGUAAAUGUCAAAAUAUUAUGUUUGGGCUUGAAGGGCUUUUGGGACAGCCAAUAUUGGUGGGUGACAACAAUCUCACCUGGACACUAUUGAAGUCUUCCUCCACUAAUAGGAUAGACUCCAGAGAAACUCAGAAAAAGCUCAGAGGGGCUCUUAAUGUGUUGCAUAAGUGUUUUGAGCCGUCUGUUGAUCCAUACACACAAAGGGACCUCGUUGAAGACAUUGUGUUAAACAGAGAGUCGAACCUGAGGCGCUUGAAUUUCCAAGGGUUUUACACUGUGCUUUUGGAGAGGAAUAGGGAAGUGAUUUGUGUGGCUACUGUGAGGAUCUAUGGGGAAGUGGCAGAAGUACCUCUUGUGGCCACUAUGUUCCGAUACCGGAGACUUGGGAUGUGUCGAAUUUUGAUGAAUGAGCUGGAAAAACAGCUCGCUAAGUUGGGAGUUGAGAGAUUGGUUUUGCCUUCGUCUCCUGCUGCACUGGAUACAUGGACCAACACUUCGAUUGGGUUUUCUGAGAUGCCUGAAGCUGAAAAACCACAGUUCGUUAAUUAUUUUUUCCUGUACUUUACAGGCACUAUCAUGUGUCAUAAAUUUUUGAAGCAGAGGAGUGCUGCAACACAAUCAACAAUCCCAGUAGAAAACAUGGAACUUGAUGACUCUUCUGGUGGCAUCUCUGUGAUAACACAGGCAGAAGGCUGA